AUGUGCCGGGAUUUCGUUCUCCGCGUGGCCAAGGAGCCCGUGGUGCUGGUGGGCAACAGCAUCGGCGGCUUCAUCUCAGCUUCCAUGGCCGCGGACUACCCAGACCUGGUGAAAGGCCUCGUCCUGGUCAACAGCGCAGGCCCCAUCGACGCGAGCUUCGACAUUCAGGAGCACGCGACCAAGACCAAGUCCCCUCCCCCCGCCUGGGUGGCGAGCGCUGUCACCGCGGGGCUCAUGGCGUACCUGGAGGGCUCCAUCGCCGGCCAGCUCAAGUGGCUGUACCCUACGGCGCCUGAGAGGGCGGACACGUGGCUUGAGCAGGAGAUCUUCAGGGCCGCCUGCGACGGCCGCAGCCCGGACGUCUUCCGCAGCGUCUUCUACCUGCCGCCCCCCAGGGCCCUCAACUGGCUUGUGGCUGACGCCUGGCGUGGCCCGACCCUGGUGCUGCAGGGGGUGCUGGACCCGCUGAACGACGCCGCGGGCCGCGCGGCGCAGAUGGAGGCGCUCUGCCCCAACGCGAAGGCGGUGCGGCUGCAGGCCGGCCACUGCCCCCAAGAUGAACAGCCCGAGGCGGUCAACAACGCACUGCUGCAGUGGAUCGUGUCAGACGUGAUGGGCCAGGCGGGACCCGGCGCCGCCAGCGGCAGCGAGGUGGCGGCGGCGGCCCCAGCCGCGAGCUGA